AUGUCUUCGUCCUCGGAGUCCUCACUCGGCCGUCUGAAAGGCAAAGUCGCCAUCGUCACUGGAGGAGCCAGUCCCAAAGGCUUCGGCUAUGCAAUCGCCCGCCGCUUCAUCGACGAAGGCGCAAAAGUCAUCAUCGGCGACCUUGAUGGCUCUGGCGCCGAAUCCAGCGUAUCCUCACUUUCCUCUCCAAAUGCCAAAGGUGUAUCCAUGGACGUCUGCAAGCUCGAAGACUGGAAAAGAGUUGUGGACAUGGCGGUCAAAGAGUUUGGCAGACUGGACAUUGUGGUCAACAAUGCUGGAUGUACGUAUAAAAAUAAACCGACUGCAGAGGUUACGGAAGACGAGUUUGAGCGGGUGAUGAGUGUGAAUGUCAAGAGUAUCUUUUGGAGUGUCAAGGUUGUGGUGCCGCAGAUGCAGAAGCAAGGAGAGGGUGGCAGUAUCAUCAAUAUCUCGAGCAGUGGGAGUGUAAGGCCUAGACCUGGGUUGGUGUGGUAUAAUGCCAGCAAGGGGGCGGUGUCGAACGUAAGUCUUGUUUUUUUUUUUAAAACGAGGAUAGUGAGUUGGCUGACUUGUUUUAGNGCGACCAUGGCGUUGGCUGCCGAGUAUGGUCCUGACCAGAUCAGAGUCAAUGCGAUUGCUCCGUUGUUGUCUGCGACUGGUUUGUUUGAGUCGUUCGUUGGAGUCAAGGACACGCAGGAGAACAGAGACAAGUUUGCAGCGUCGAUCCCACUGGGUAGACUGACAGACCCAGUGGACGUGGGUAAUGCGUGCGUGUUCCUAGCAUCGGACGAGGGCAAGUUCGUGACGGGCACCAACUUUAGUGUUGACGGAGGAAGACACAUCUAA